AUGUGCUACUGUUUUUCCGCCAAAAACAACAUCACUGGCGCUUCUCUCUCAAAGGUCUUUGGAGUAGCCUUCAAAGCGUGUUUGGACAACAGAAACAGGCUUCACAAAGAAGCAGGAAAAGCGCCAGUAGACGUAGAAAGAUGGAACAUUCCGCCAUCGAAAGCAGAAGAAAAAGAGCCUGAAGUUACAGAAAGUCUGAUUCAAAUCGACACUGUUCCCGAUCCCGUUAAUUCAUCAAAUGGCACGAGCUUUUCAAACACCCCAGUCGCCUCCCCGGAUAGCCUCCAAAGCGGCUCCAAUGAUUUGAUACGAGCCCGACCAGCUCCGUCGGCGGAUUUAGUGCGCCAAGCAAGUUUACGAAUUCCCUUGAAAAACGCGAACCAAGCCGGCCCUUUCAAGAAGUCCGUUUCAAUGAGGGCAUAUUCCAAGCCAAACAAGCCACAAACAGAGGAAGUCAAAAACUGGACGGAUCAAUUGGAAGCAAUCAAGCGGUUGAAUAUCGAAGUGCACAACGCAAAGCCAGUGCAUGACGGGCCUGCUUGGGAGCCUGCAGAUCCCUUUAACGAACUCGCAAACCGCCACAAUCCCGUGACUUCGCCGAAGUCUCCGCCUGCAAUUCCGUCGCGGGCCCCGCAAAGUCCCCCGAAAGCGUCGCCUUUCAGCGGUAUGAGCGGCAUGCCAACUCGUUCGCUCAACUCGUCAAACUCGUCGUCGCCCUUCGCCAUGGAUGCAGAGCCAAACAGUAUCAUGUACGGUAGUCAAUUCCGAAAAAUCAUGUAG